AAAAAAUACAUCUUAAAAUUAAACAUGGCCGGUGUUUUGUUUGUGUGUAAAAAUGGUUAUGCUUUACGGCUAUGUUUAGAUAAUUUUUCGCGGUAAUCAAAUAAAUUUCUCGUGGAGUUAGGACGGAGGAAGAUGAACGCUACGAGUCUUUACGUAUCAACAUGUCGGUUGGUUUUACAAGCGGAUUCUGAAGAUCCAAAUUCAUGGACAGACUUGUAUAGGCUAGUUCCGUACUUGCGGCAGAGCUUGAGUUGUACAGUGUGUUCGAAUUUGUUGAUCGAGCCGCAUACACCGACUGAAACGAACUGUCAACAUCAUGUGUGUCGUGGAUGUAGAGGUGGUCGUAAAAAACUCAAACCAUCGUGUAGUUGGUGCAAGGAUUAUGAUAAAUAUGUUGAAAACGUCCAACUUCGGAUAUUGUUACAGUGUUACAAAAAACUGUGUGAAUAUUUAACAAGCACAAAUAUUUAUCGGAGCUUAAUACUCUCCGUGUCUUCCAAUACAACAAGCAAUGGGCCAUCGGCUAUUGGUGCUACUAGUCUCAUGGAACUCAUACAAGAAGGGACCGGUUUUAAAGACGAAUUCAAAAGUACCGCUGGUUUAUCUAAAUCAGCGUACAGUAUUCUCCCUUGUGUUUAUACCAGUACUACCUCUACUCAAACUCAAGGAAAUACUAUGUCAACUUCUGAGAAUAUUUCGCAAAACAUACCUGAGUCGCCAACUAUUCGUACAGUUUCAAAUGGAUCUUCGAUAUAUUCGGUGAUGUACGCUGGGUCUGGUAACAAAAUAACGAUAAAACGGAAAGCAGCGGCCACAGAAGAAAUAGAAGUAGGACAACAGGAAAUGGAUGGAACACAACAAGGCUCUGUAGGAGGGGUAAAAUGCAUUCCAUCUUCCCAACUUAAAUAUGGGACCCCUUCUCAGAAAAAAUCUUCAAAGGGCAGCAAAUCCUCGGGCAGUUUUAAAAAGCCACGAUCAAGUUCUACUAGGAGCAAAAGAAAAGGAUGCAGAUGUGGUAAUGCUACAGCUAUACCUGGAAAAUUAACAUGUUGUGGCCAAAGAUGCCCUUGUUAUGUUGAAAGUAAACCAUGUAUUGAAUGUAGAUGUAGAGGUUGUAGAAAUCCUCAUACAGCUGAUGGUUUAAAGAUCCGCCCACAUAUACCAGAACUUCAUAACCUGCAAUUACAACUGUCUACUCCCUUGGAUUGUGAUGAAUUAAACUCAGAUCCCUUAGGAUCCGUGUCACAAUGUCUUUCAACAUCUCCUACAACAAUUCAAGUAUUAAAUGUCUAUUCCACUCCAAGACUUGAUAUUGAUAACGUUCCACAAAAUUUGCCUGCAGCUUUAUUAGUAGGAGAAGAUGCUAUAGUUAGUACUGAAAGUGAAGCAGAAGACAGUGAUAUACAAAUUGAUGUGUGACAAAGUGUUUAAAUAAAAUUAUGCAUUAUACAUGACAAAAUAGUUACGAAUAAUUGAUUAGGAUGAAAUAUAUAUAUAUAUAUAUAUAUAUAUAUAUAUAUAUAUAUAUAUAUAUAUAUAUAUAUAUAUAUAUAGAGAGAGAGAAAAAGAAAAUCUUAUAAGAUAAAGCUUAUGCGAUAUAAUAAUCGUAAAGCUAUUAUCAGGAUGAUAAAUAACAAUAUUUCAUUUCUGGAUCUUAUUAACCCUUUCGUGGUAGCGGAAUUGAUCGCUAAAAUAUGAUUAGGGUCUCCGUGCUAUAAGUGUAAAAUUCGCGCGCUGAAACAGUCUCUGGCGUUUCGAAUUUACUUCUUAUGUCUUGGAGAGUUUUUUUGAUAAUAAAAAUUAAAAUAGUAAUAAAAAAAUAAAAGAUAAAGAAGACAAACAAAUAAUCUACUAUAGACAAAAUAUUGUACAUUGACUAUAGUCGUUCGUAGUAUGUGAACAGCGUUUCAUGGCAAGCAACUGUAAUUCGCCCAUAAUAGCGGAAAAAAAAAAGUAAUAGUUGAUAAUUCAAAUAUGAAAAGAUAAAUCUUGUACAACAGCAUCGAUAACCAACAAUUUUGUUCUAAUCUAAAGUCUUUGAAUUAUUUUUCUCUUGAAAAUUAUUAAAAUAUCUACUUAUUAAAAUUUAUUUAGUUAUUUUUAUAUUAGGUUUGAUGACAUGUAUUUGCACCAACAAAAUUUAUUUUGAAUUUGAAAAUUUGUCAUUGUUACAUGAAAUUGAAAAUUGAACGUAUAUAAAUAAACUAAACAAUUAAUCUAGUUGUAUAGUAUAAAAGGCAAGUUCUUGGAACUAUACUGCUUUGAAAUUUUAUCAAAGAUUAUGACUUUUAUUCAAAACAUUACAAAUUAUAUUUGGAAAAAUAGAAAAAUAUUUAAUAUAAAAGUACAAUAUACUAUUUAAUAAAAGUAAGUCUUGUAUAUUUUGAUUGUUUUAAUUUUUUUUUUUUUUUCUGUUUUUUUUUUUUUCCCAAAGUAAGAAUAAUAAAUCUUAAUCUUUUUAAUUGGAUAGAAGAUAUAUUAGAUACUAUAGGUACAAAAAUAUGUAGAUAAAAACAAGAAAGAGACAAAUUCUUUUUCUUGUCUACUACAUGAAGCUGUUGUACAUUAAAAAAUAAAAAAAGAAAAAAAAAAAGAAAAAAAAGAAAAAAAGAAAAAAGAUAAAGAAUAUAGCAAAUUAUGGAAUACCUUUUAAAAGAAAAUGUAUAUAAUUAUACAGUGAAUUAAAAAAAAUUUAAACAACAUAAACUUGCCACUUGUACAUACAAUGACGAAAAGUCACACAUAUUUUAGCUACAUAUAUUUUAACUAUUUUACAUACUGAUAUUUCCACUUUUUUAACAUAAAGGUGCAAAAACAAAACACAUUCAGCAUUUUCUUAUAUCAAAAAAAAAAAAAAGAAAAAAAAGAAAAAAAUUAUCUUAGCCCUUAACAAAUAAAAAAAGAAAAAAAAAGAAUGUUAAAUUAUAUGAUAAUAAUAAUGUAAAUAUAUUAAAUAAUCUAUAUAUAUAUAUAUAUAUAUAUAUAAGUCGUACAAUUUGUUCAUACCAUGUUAGAAUAUGAAACUGGAACUGUGGGGCAAAUAUGGCUGUAAUUUUUACUUUGCCUCCAAUUUUAUAGAAAAAUAUGAGAUAUUAGAUAUACAAUAAUUUGCCUAACGUUUAGGUGAUUUAAUGUAAAUACUAGUAUAUAGAUAAUAAUUUUAUAGAAGUGGGAGUAUUAUCUUAUGUCCAAGACUUACAAAUUCUAUUUUUUAGAACUGGAUUUGUUGACCUUGUGAGAUAGAAAAUUUCAUCUACAUAUAUAUCUCCAUCUAAUUGAACAAUUGUAACCAAAUAUUUACUACUUCCAAAUGUUAGUACAAAAUUACUAACUAAUGUGUAAUGCAUUUUUAUUGCAAUUGUUUUCAUAAUAUAUCAACAUCAUAAAUUUUUUUAAUAUGGAGAUCUAUUAAUUUAUUGUUAUAUUUAUAUUGUGUUAACACAAUAAUAAAAUAAACAAUGAACCUUAGGAUGAUUAAAACAAAAUAAAUUUGCGUAAUGUUCCAUAAAAUGGAAAUAUGAAAAAGAUAUAAUGUAUUGUAAUUCAGACAUUUGUAUAACAUAUAGAUUAUUCAUGAAAAUUAUAGUAACAGAUAUGAUAUA